AAGUACAAGGUUAACCUAGCGCGAAUCUUUUUGUAUCUGAACGCGUUGCUGUGGACUUGUGUAGUCCGUAGUUGUAAGGGAAACCAAAGUCUUCUCUUAUGCUGAGUCCCGCCAGCUACAGCCAGAUAUCUCAAGGUAUCUUUGUGACACUUUUGUUUUGUUAUUGGAAAACAUGGCUGAGCUGAUGGACGGUGAUCUGGAAGAUGGAGAAAUUUCCGCCUCCAGCUCGGAUAAUGAGAUGGGUGGCGCUGCGGCCGAACAAGCCGGAGCUCAAGGUUCUCUAGCGUUCAGCGGGGAGUCCUUCCAGCACAGACCUGCUACUGUUACUCACCCUCCCGCCGCCGCCUACCGGAGCUCCGCCAAGGCGGUGGAGUCUAGCGAUAGUGACGCGGAGUCGUCAGACGAGGAGGCCGCUGUCUGGCGGCGAAAGCGGCUAAAGGUGUCAAACGCCCCGCAGCCCCCCACCUGUUCUGCGCAGAUGGGUCAGCCCUCCGUGUCCGCCUGCGGAGCACCGGGAAGCCGCAAGGUGAACAACAUCUGGGGCUCCGUGGUGCAAGAACAGUGCCAGGAUGCCAUAACUGCAGAGCUGGGUGUGUUUGGGAUGGAGGGCGUCAGCAUGGCCAGUAGGAGUGUUGAGACUUAUAACUUCGUCUUGGCUCGGAAGAUGAUGGAGAAGGAGAGGGAGAUGGAGAGGCAGUCCAAGCAGGAAGGAGAGGUGAGCAUGCUUGAUGAUGAGCUGGAGGAUUAUAUGAAAGGCAAAGGGUCACAGGACAGAGCAGGAGGGGAUGCUAAGAGAAAGCGGCCUGCCAAGGAGAGAGUAGGCCCUAAGGCUGAGAUGGACUUCAAGGGCCGGUAUGAGAUCACAGAAGAUGACCCCGAUGAUAAGGUGAUAGACGAAAUCGCAUACAGACUGCAGGAGCCGAAAAAAGAACUGAUUGAGCGUGUGGUUCAGGUCGUUGGAAAGAAAAAAGCCAUAGAAGUGCUGGGAGAGACUGCCACGCUGGAGGAAAACGGUGGUAUGUACACUAUGGAUGGAAGCAGGCGGAGGACGCCUGGCGGAGUGUUCCUCAACCUGCUGAAAAACACACCCACCGUCAGCAAGUCCCAAAUUAAGAAGAUCUUCUUCGAGGAACAUCAAAAGGAUUACAAGAGCAAGAAGGCAGCACAGAAGAGAAGGCGGCACAUGCUGGCCAAGAAGAUGAAGCAAGCCAUUGGCACACUGAACCUGCAUGAGCAUGAUGAUGUCUCCAGGGAGACGUUUGCCAGUGACACCAACGAGGCCUUGGAGUCCCUGGAAGAGGCUGCAGAGGGAGAGGAGGAGGAGGGGACAGAGGAAGCUGCUGCAGGGACUGAGGAGACGGCAGUGGUCUACAGCUCUACAGACCUGGAGGUUUUCUGAGGGCGAAUUCCAGUCUUAUCAAAAAUAACCAGGACUACAACAAGAAAUGGCACACUGAAAGCACUGCAUUUUGGAGAAUCACACUGUCUGACUUUGGUGUUUGUUUUUUGUUAGCAAUAAAAUAAUCUUUGUUAAAAUA